CCUCGCUUCCCAUUUCAUAACUCAAGAAACCCUUAUUUUUUGGUUCUUAGCCUUAUCCGUUAACGUUAACCAUGUCUACCUCUGCGGCUUCUCUAGCACUUCCCACUCUCACUCUCCGAACACGACAACCUCUGUGUUCUCCUCAGUGUUUCUCUUCUUCCCUAUCCCUCAACCCUAACUCAAAGCGCUUCUCCAUUUCCGCGGCGUUUCUUCGUCCAACGUUGUCGUUGUCGUCUCGUUUCGUUUCCCAUGUUGCUCUCUCCUCAGAGUUCGACCAGGAAGAAGACACCUUCAGCGGAGAUGAACGUCCCAACUACUCCCCAGACCUCAAACUCUUCGUGGGUAAUCUUCCUUUCAGUUGUGACAGUGCCCAACUCGCUGAGCUCUUCGAAAGUGCUGGGAAUGUAGAGAUGGUUGAGGUGAUUUAUGAUAAAACGACUGGGAGAAGUAGGGGAUUUGGUUUUGUUACCAUGUCUUCCGCUGAUGAAGUUGAAGCAGCUGCUCAACAGUUCAAUGGUUAUGAGCUAGAUGGAAGGCAAUUGAGAGUGAAUUCUGGACCACCUCCUGCUCGGAAUGAGAAUUUCAGGAAUGAUAAUUUCCGGAAUGAUAAUUUCAGGAAUGAUAAUUUCAGAAAUGAGAAUUUCAGGAAUGAUAAUUUCAGAAAUGACAAUUUCCGUUCUAGAGGUGGCCCUCCUUCCAGAGGUGGUGGUCCUUCUUCAGAUAGUGAACACCGUGUACAUGUUGGUAAUCUUGCUUGGGGUGUUGACCACUUUGCACUUGAGUCAUUGUUUGCCGAACAAGGAAAGGUUUUGGAGGCAAAGGUAAUCUAUGACAGGGAAAGUGGAAGAUCAAGAGGCUUUGGGUUUGUGACUUACGGUAGCUCUGAAGAGGUCAACAGUGCUAUUCAGUCCUUAGAUGGUGCGGACUUGAAUGGCAGAGCUAUACGAGUCUCUGCAGCAGAUGCUAAGCCCAAGCGUCAAUUUUGAGGAUUUAUCCUUUCAUCUAUACCUGAGAACUUCGGUAGUUGGGAGUUAAGCGGCUGCAAGUCAUUGAUGUUUAGCAACAGUUUGUGAAAAAAUGCAUCAUUGAGACUGUAUUUACCUACAGUACAGUACCUGUAAGAAGA